GGGUGGAGCUUGGGAGCCGGCCGGCAGGUGGGAGGGCGCGGCAGCCGUGGGGUGCGUGUGGCCGCGUGGAGCGGGCGUAGCGAGGCGCCGUCAGAGGUUGCACGCGUGGUCGCUGCGGUUCCGUCACGGGCCUCGGGAGCUGCGGGACUCGCUACGCUGAGGUGGGCGCUGCCCGCGUGUCUGCGGAAUGCUCUGCCCGCAGGUGGUGCACGCUUUUCCCUGUGAGUUCAGUGACAGUUACUUGGUUAAGUAAAUUCUCCUGAGGAUAGCCCUCUGUAUUCUCUAGAGAUGACAGCUGUGGAAGUGCUAGAGGAUGAAUUGCUUUCCAUUGAAAAUGAGCUGCAGGCAGUGGAGAUGCAGAUUCAGGAGCUGCUGGAUAAACAGCAAGAACUCAUUCAAAAGAAGAUGACGUUAAAAAAGCUGAUAAAGCAGUCCUUGGGAGAGUCAGCAGCAGGGGGAAGUAAAGAGACUGAAACCUCAGUUGAGGCGUGGAACAAAACAGAUUUUCCAUGGUAUGAGAAGAUAAAAACUGCACUGCAAAACAAGUUUAAACUCCAGAAGUUUAGAUCCUUGCAACUUGAAACAGUAAAUGCUACAAUGGCAGGAAAGGAUGUAUUUCUUGUCAUGCCUACAGGUGGUGGGAAGAGCCUCUGUUAUCAGUUGCCUGCUGUCUGUUCUGAUGGUUUUACACUUGUGAUAUGUCCUUUGAUAUCACUUAUGGAAGAUCAGCUCAUGGUUUUGGAACAGCUUGGCAUUUCUGCAACUUUAUUAAAUGCUUCAAGCAGUAAGGAACAUGUGAAGUGGGUUCAUACGCAGAUGCUAGACAGAAAUUCACAACUGAAGCUCCUUUAUGUGACCCCAGAGAAGAUUGCAAAGAGCAAAAUGUUCAUGUCAAAGCUAGAGAAAGCUUAUCAAGCAGGAUGUCUUGCUCGCAUUGCUGUAGAUGAGGUCCACUGUUGCAGUCAGUGGGGCCAUGACUUCAGGCCAGACUACAAAUCCCUUGGUAUCUUGAAAAGACAGUUUCCCCUUGCUCCCUUGAUUGGAUUAACUGCAACUGCUACAAAUCAUGUUUUAAAGGAUGCUCAGAAUAUUUUACACAUUCGGAAAUGCAUUACCUUUACUGCAUCUUUCAACCGGCCUAAUCUUUACUAUGAGGUUCGGCAUAAACCUUCAAAUAAUGAAGAUUUCAUUGAGGACAUUGUUAAGAUCAUUAAUGGAAGAUACAAAGGGCUCUCAGGAAUUGUUUACUGUUUUUCUCAGAAGGACUCUGAACAAGUUACCAUCAGUUUGCAGAAACUAGGAAUAAAGGCAGGAACUUACCAUGCAAACAUGGAUGCUAAAUAUAAGACCAAAGUUCAUAAAGGAUGGGCAGCAAAUCAAAUUCAGGUUGUAGUGGCAACUGUUGCUUUCGGCAUGGGAAUUGAUAAACCUGAUGUGAGAUUUGUAAUUCAUCAUUCAAUGAGCAAGUCAAUGGAGAAUUACUACCAAGAGAGCGGACGUGCAGGUAGGGAUGACCAAAAAGCUGACUGCAUCCUGUAUUAUGGUUUUGGAGAUAUAUUCAGAAUCAGCUCAAUGGUAGUGAUGGAAAAUGUGGGGCAAGAGAAGCUGUAUGAUAUGGUGUCUUACUGCCAGAAUACGAGCAAGUGCCGCCGGGUGCUCAUAGCCCGUCAUUUUGAUGAAGUAUGGGAGUCUGCAAGCUGCAACAGAAUGUGUGAUAACUGCUGUAGAGAAAACUCACUUGAGCAAAAGGAUAUCACAGAAUACUGCAGGGAUCUAAUCAAGAUACUGGAGCAAGCAGAAAACAUGAGUGAGAAGCUCACUCCACUGAAGUUAAUUGAUGCGUGGUCUGGAAAAGGUUUAUCAAAACUCAGGGUGGCUGAAGUAACUCCACCAAAACUCCCUCGAGAAGAACUGGAGAGAAUUAUUGCCCAUUUACUGCUGCAGCAGUAUCUGAGGGAAGACUUCAGCUUCACGGCAUUUGCUACAAUAUCCUACCUGAAGAUAGGACCAAAAGCAAGUCUGUUGAAAAAUGAGGCACAUAUCAUCACAAUACAAGGGACAGCCAGCAAGAAAAGCGUUUACCGGAACAAACCAUCCGAGUCUUCAAAUCCAGAAGGAAGCAGUGAAAAUGCUCAGACUGUUUCAAAGACUACCCAGGAUUCAGUGGUGAAGAAGUCACAAGAACGUAAGCGGCAUAACUGUGGAACUAACUUAAAAGCAAAAAAGCCUAAGCUUCAAGCAGGGGGAGCUGACCAACCUGUAGAACUUGACUGAGUAACACAGACUGCAGUUAGGAUCUCAUUAUUAUGUUUACCUCUCCAUGGACAGUCCAGCAUGUAAGCUCACUUUGUAUUUUAGUAACGGAGUUUUGUAUAUGAUUUUUUUAAAAAAAUAAUUUAAGUUAAAAAAAGGGAACCAAGUAUCUUUAAAAUCCUCAAAUCUAGCAAAGAUCUUCUGGUCAAGAGAAGAAUGCUUGAUAUCAAAUAACAGGUGUGUAUCUUACAAUACAGCAACAACUAUAAUAUAUAAAUAUCGAUCAUGUUGCCUUUCUUAACUCUUCAGAAAAUGUAGCUGGUAAUAACAACUAUAGUAAAUGUUGCAGAAUCACACACGUUAGAAGGGGACUUCCAGCUUGUCCAACGCAACUUCACUGCUCAAAUUCAGUUCUCUAAGAACACUGUGCUCUGGGCUACAUCUGAGUUUCGUUGCUCCCCAAGGACAGAGAUAUCACAACACUUCUCAGCACUUGUUGUGGUGUUUUACCAGCUCAUAACAACAACAAAUAAAAAACAAAACCAGAAA